AUGUCCGGCGAAGAACCAAAAAUGAUUUCGCUGAAUGAGCUCGGCAUGGAGCAACUAAAUGCUCUUCAAAAGCAAGUUGAGCAAGAGAUGCAAUUCUUCCAAGAAUCAGCGACAACAUUGAAGAUGUUGAUGACUAGAAACGAGAAAAGCAUUGAGGCCCUUGAAGAUGUCAAAACGGCGACUCCUGGUCAUUCAGCGCUUGUCCCACUCUCAGAAUCGCUUUACAUUCGGGCAGAACUUUCUGAUCCGAGCAAGCAUCUCGUCGAAAUUGGCACCGGUUAUUUCGUCGAACUGGACAGAGAAAAAGCUAAGGCUGUUUUCGAACGCAAGCGGGAAAACAUCACGAAACAGGUCGAAACUGUCGAAAAGAUUUUAUUAGAGAAGAGACGAACUCGAGCUGUGAUUUGUGACACAUUCCAGCAAAAAUUACAAGCUCAACUCGCUCAAAUCAACAUGGCCGGAAAAUAA